UACACAUAUACAUGCAUAUACAAUACGCAUGGAGGCACGUCCUUAAAUAAACCUUAUAAAACCGAAACCAAACUGUUCUAUUGACAGCUAAUAUAACUCAAGGAACUGCGUCCGUUUAUGUUAUGUGUGUAUGUACGUGUGCCUGAGGCUAGUUGUUAAAAUUUUAAAAUAUCAUGACGUUAUAUUGACAUUUGUUUAUUGACAUUCAUUUAUCAUAGUAAAUACCUUUUUAUUGUUCAAUUUGAGUUUCACGUAAGACUGAUGAACAGACAAGACACUGUUAAUGACAGUGACUUCCUUUGCAAUUAAUAUAAUGUUAGUUAUAUGUGAUUUUACCAUUAAUUUUGUUCCUUCAUUUCGUUCUGAAAUGUAACUUCAUCGUCGAAGUUUUUAAUUUCAAAUAAGAUCAUAUAAUCAUUAUUUAGUUUGUUUGCUUAACAUCAGAAGACAAAACCGAUAUCAAAGGCUGCAGGUUUUCCCCCUUAUAAUUAUUUUCUAUAACUUGUAUGCAUCAAUGUCUGUUUCGGAAUAUCUAUCCUUUUUCACAUUUUCCAACAUGACUUCCACGAUUACAUGUAAAGGUACUAAGUCUUGCAAGAGUAGACUUGUUUUAGAUGUUUUACAGUAUAUCAUACUGGGAAAAACGUGAUUCAGUGUUGUUGACACACCAAAUUUUAUCUUAUUGCAUAUUUACGUUUAUUUCCGAAACAAAACCACACAAAUAACUUACAUAAAUACAUAAACAUACUUAUAUUUCUUGAAAUAAAAAAAAUCGAUCAUGGGCGUAGAAUGUUCCACACAUGAAAUUCAAUAAAGGUUCGAAGAUGGAAGUUUAAUGUACAACAGUUACGGUUCUCGUUGUCAUUGAAUAUCUAAGGUCAUUUAAACACCUACAACAGAUUAUUUUACGUAAUGUCAAUAUAAGUGCCGUUUCCCUGCGAUACAAUGACUUGGCCAAGCAUAAACUCCUCCUAGUCACAUUAUUGUAAUGAGUGUCUAACAUUACGUUAAUAGAGAUACCAGAAAAAUGACACGUAUGGAAGAGUACUACGAAUGUAUAUUGGAGCUCAGUGUAGCUUUGGUGUCAGAAGAUCAAAUUUUAUUUCGUCGGUGCACCCAUGGAAAAAACACAACAUUCCAGCCAUUGUGUAGCGUGUCCCAUAUUAGUGUCUCCUGAUGAUCGCUACAUUAGAUACAAUAGACCAGUUGUUUAAAUGUUCAUGUCCCUGAAGAAGAUCGGUGCUCCUCGAUUGUUGAGUCUGUCCUAACACGUAUACAGUAUAUAAACAUAAUUCUACCACAAUCAGUAAUUAAAUUCUCCGUUUCAUACUGCAAGUUUCACUUUAGAUAUCAGACUUUGAUAUUUCGUUUACUGUGAUAGAUAACUGCAUGUAAAGAGAAUGUAACUGCAGUCAGCCUGAGUGAGGUAAGGCCAGAGGAGUUAUGCCCCUUUUAUGGAAUUCUCCUAUUCUUUCGGUACUUUUGUCAUGGCGGCGGGAAUGUAAAGAGAAUGUGUUAGUUUUGUGCAUUUAUUUGUUUAUUUAUGAGGCAUUUACAACCAAUCUUAACAAAAAGGUCAUACAGUUCACGGAAUAGAGAUGAGAUAAUUAUACAACGGUGCAACGAAAUAUAGCUAUGUAGCAUCACAGUAGAACUAAAAGAAGUAAAUUUUCCACCUGUUACUGUUAUUGAAAUAUUAAGAAGAAUAACCUACGAAGUAUAAACUGUCCCAUAGUGGCAUGCAUUAUCUCUUUUAAUAGCGGAGUAACCGCUGUCCACACCUGCUCGCAGACAGUUUUGACCUUUAACCUUAGAUUAUGUAUCGCUCCGAUGAGUACCUGGAGUACGACAUAAGGACAGGUCAAGAUCGACAAACAUCUGUCGUUUGGAAAUUCACCACCUUGUGUUAUUAUUUUCAAUUUUAUUAUUAUUUGUUGUGACAACUGCAGGGAUAAUGUUACCUACACGGUUGUUGAGAAUACGAAAAAUGAUUGUUUGCUGUUUACUUUUCCUGGUGCGCAUCAAGAUCACGAGUUGUCAAGACAUUUCGCCGAGUGGUCUGAUGCCACAGAACGGUAACCCGUUUAAAAACCUGAUGGGAAACACAGGAAACAGCCUAGGCGGAAUGUCUGCAUACAACCCCAGAGGAAACAUGGCGUCCAUGACCGGAUAUGGACCGAAUUAUCCCCCUUUACAGGGAAUGUUAAUAAGCAAGGCACAUUCAAGUUCAGUUCGAUUCGGAAUCAGUCCUGUUCAGAAUUCAAUGAAUCCAAUCCAGCCUUUUAUGGGCAUGACUCCAGGUUGCAGCUGCACGUUGACGGUAAACAUGAGAGGAUGUUUCAUCUGUCCUUGUGAAGAUACAGAGACCCCUAUCCCCACGACUGGCGUUGGGACAACUUCUUACAUAGAAGCAGUACGGACCGGAAGUUCUCGUUCUGAGACAACUCUACGAACUUAUGUCAGUACAACCAAAGCAUUCAACCCAAAAUCUACGUUGUCUUCAGCAAUCUCUGACGACGUCAACGAGCAUGCGCAGUUACAUAGUAGUGCGGAUAAUAAAAACAAUAUAAAUGAUGGUCAAAACUUGUUCUUAACAAGUACACGUAGAUCUUCACCGGUAAGCAAAUUGAACACGGCAUCUGACGUAAAAACACAUUCAGGUUCUGCCGACAAUGUGAUUUUAAAGAAUUCGUCAGACAUUGCAAGCUUAACAGGAAAUCUAACAUCGUCGCAACAUCACACGCGGAAUAAAAACGAUGUGUCCAGUGAAAGGAGCUUCCCGUUUGCUAUCUCUCUGGGUUGUGCAUUUCUUCUGGCAUUUGCAGUGUGCUGCAUGCUGGCCCACUCGUGGUAUAACAUGAGAAAACAAAUAAAACACCAACAAAAUGAGUUAUACUUUGUCGAAAAGGCAUUCAGACAGUCGAUGUCUUCAGAUGACGUUAGCCUGAACAGUGCAGACGAAAUUGUUUAUUCUCUAGUCGGAAAAAUGAGUCCGCCUGUGUUACCCCUACGGUCACCCCCAUUGACGCCUACAGCGCCACCUGUCUCCCCAGCGACAUCUGACGGCAGUCAAACCAGAUUUAACCUCCCACCUGAUGAAGGUAGAAACGACUACCUGGAACUGAUAUAAUUAAAAUGUGAUUGGUGACCAUAAGAAGAAACCAAAGCGAUCAGAUUUGUGAUGAUCUAAGGAUUACUGUAUAUGAAUCGUGGCAUAAGUAUAUGAAUGUAUGGCUUAAUGGACAGCACACUCGUCUUUUGUCAUCAAGGCGGCCGGGGUUCGAUUUCCCGAUCGGACAUGAAAAGGCAUGUGGUCACCUGCCCGACCACGUCACUGGUUUUCUCCGGGAUCUCCGGGAUCCUCCCACUUUAAAACUGUCCGCGCGCUAAUUUACGGAUCAACAAGUGUGAUUAACAUAAGAUAAAAUACUUGUUUCAUAAUUGUUCUUAAAUAAAUAAAUUUUAUGUUGUAAAUAUAUGGAUGGACAUGUCUUUUUAAUCGAUAGGGUAGAGG